GUAAAAUACCGACACAAAUAAUCAUGUACGAUAAGCUUCAGUGUUGGACAUCGCCCUGAAAUUGUUCCAGUAAUUCUUGUACUCCCCUCGUAUAUGGUAUGUUAGAGCCGGCACCACAGCAGCAGCGGCAGCGAAGCGUCGGCGGGACGCUGCGCAACUGUUCGGUAGCGAUAGCGACGCAAAAUCGCUACGCCGUGAACGUCAGUGUCGGAUACCUUGAAAUCCAAGCUACGUUGUCGCGUUUCAAACAAUUUCAAGUGCUUUCCUAGUGCAGAAAUGGACCGAAAACGCGUCCGUAGAAUCGACCCGGCGUUGUUGAUCGCGCAAGUGAAGAAAUACCGCGUGUUGUACGACAGCAAAAUGGCGCUGACGAAUCCGCAGCAGAAAAAACGUUGUUGGUACGAGGUCGGCACAACGCUGUUCGGCGCAGAGCGGUGGAAACGGUAUGACGCGAGGGAAAAGGACGCCUUAGUUCGUGAAAUACAAGUGAAAUGGAAAUCCCUGAGAGACACCUUCACCAAAGCACUGAGAAAAGAACGAGAAAAUCCAAGCGAAUACAAGAGAAGAUAUGUCUACUACAAGGAUCUUUCGUUUCUAAUACCAUUCACAACUUCCAGGAAUGGUCUGCAUUUCAGAACAGUGCCAGCGUUUGAAGAGCAACAAAAUGGCGUAUCAGAAGAAGAAGACUCGAAAAAAGAUAUUGUGAUCUACACCAGCGAAAAAGACAGCGAUGCAGAUGAUGACGAAGAUUCAAAACAGUACGGUGACGAAGACACAGUCCCUCUGUCUGAAAUAAACACUCUCCAACCUGUCCAGUUCAUCCACGUACCAAACGAAGACACGAUUGAAGCCGAAGAAGAUGACAUGACGCAGAAUAACAACGCUAAUCAGCAAAGUGUGAAGGAAAUAUUGGAACGAGUAGUUGAGAUGCAAAAAGAUGACAUAAACGAUGAUGCUAUGGGAAACAAAAAGUUCCUUCUGUCAUUGUUACCGUUCAUGCAGAAGGUACCUGAUGAUGUUAAUCUCGAAAUCAGGCUGCAAUUGUUAAGUGUGUUGCAAACUUAUUGUAGUACAAGCAAUUCGUAAUUAUCAUUCGGAUAAGAGAAGGGUUAUAUAAAUUUGUUCCAUUUAUUUUUUAUACUUUGUGGAAUAGCGUCAUAUAUUGACGACGUUCUAUGCAUGUAAGAGAAUAGUAAUAUUUUCUUCAUACUGAAUUGAGAAAGUUUUAAACGUUUCAUCUAAUGUGACAUGUUCUACUAUUAAUAUUGAAAAUUGGCAUAAAAUCAUAUUUUUUACAAAAUUAAUACAAUAAAAUUAUGAAAUAUUAAAAAUUGUUUAGAUGACGGAUAAAGGGGCAGUUGACGUUGGUUAACUUUUUUCUUGAAAUAUAUAUAGUUGCAUCGAUUAAAUAAUAAUGCAUGGGUAAUUUAUUUGGAUGCACUUUUUUCAAAUGCAUACAUAUUUCAGACUGUCGAGUUAUCUUUAUUAGCAUAUAAAACAUCUAUUCCAACUGUUUUUUUAAAAAUAUUUUUCGAAUGCUCUUAAAAAACUGAAUGUCAAGAAAGCUUCUCGUAAAAUAAAGAUAGCCCGGUAAAAUUAAUUAUUUUUAGUUUUUUUUUUAGUUCUUAUUUUCCAAAUCUAGUUAAUUUCUGAGUUGUACCACCUAGCACUUAUCUUUUUUUUAUUGUUAGUGUUUUAUAAUAUUAUUUCAGAAGUGAG